CCCACUUAUACCUAAGAGUAAACGUAGAAAAAUCACUUCAUUACAGCGGCUAUGUGACGUUUGUAGUAUCAUUGUAUUAAAUACCAGAUAGGAACAUAUCCGAAAGCACCCCUCGGGACGCCCCAUCUAGGUACCUCUUACUAUAGCAUCGUGAGCGGAGUUCGCCCGUAAGUCAUUCCGCAACUAGCCCCCCUAUCUAUACUACUUUGUACCAUAGUUCCCUUAUUAGUCCAUCUAGGCUCGCAUCCUAUUUUGCCGGAUGUACCAUAAUAAAUACCUCUGUUACGUAGCCGCCAAAAGUGUACUGAAGACCAGACGAGAAUAUGCCACAUAGAAUAUAAAUCUCCUUUUUUUGUUUUGUUUUUCUUAAUUCACAAUAACUUAAGUUGAGAUAUUUCUUGGACGUAUAACUAUUCAGCAGCAAACAUACCUACCUACCUAGGUAUACUAAUAGUAUCACAAUGGCGCCUUCGUCGUUCAAACUUAACACGGGCCAGGAGAUCCCCGCUGUUGGAUUCGGAACAUGGCAAGCAGGACCGGGUGAAGUCGCCAAAGCCGUCGAGCUCGCGCUAAAACACGGAUACAAGCUAAUCGACGCUGCGUACUGCUAUGCGAACGAGGAAGAGGUCGGGCAGGGUCUAAAGGCGGCCUUCGAUGCCGGCUACGCCAAGCGCGAGGACAUCUUCGUCAUGACCAAAGUGUGGAACACAUACAGCAGCCGCGUCGAGCUAGGUUUAGACAAGUCCCUCAAGGCGCUCGGCCUCGACUACGUCGACCUGUUCCUCGUGCACUGGCCCGUCGGGAUGAACCCCAACGGCAACGACGACCGCUUCCCCAAGCUUCCAGACGGCAGCCGUGAUAUUCUCUGGGACCACGACCACGUCGCUACCUGGAAGCAGAUGGAGGGCCUGCUUAAGACCGGCAAGGCGAAGGCUAUUGGUGUCUGCAACUACAGCAAGCCCUACCUAGAGCAGCUGCUCGCUAAGGCUGAAGUCGUGCCCGCUAUUAACCAGAUCGAAAACCACCCGGCUUUGCCCCAGCAGGAGGUUGUCGACUUCUCCAAGGAGAAGGGCAUCCAUAUUGUGGCAUAUAGCCCCUUAGGGAGCACGGGUGGCCCGCUGUUGCAGAGCGAGGCUGUAACCAAGGUCGCCCAGAGGAAGGGUGUUAGUCCGGGAACCGUGUUGCUGAGCUAUCACGUCGCCAGGGGCGCCACCGUGCUAGCUAAAUCCGUGACUGAGUCACGUAUUAAGGCCAAUCUCGAGAUUGUCGACCUUGAUUCCGAAGACUUGAAGAUUCUAAAUGAUUACUCGGAUAGCCUUGUUAAAGAGGGCAAGGUCCUGCGUUAUGUGUACCCUCCCUUUGGGAUCAACUUCGGCUUCCCGGAUAAGAAUGAGGGUAAGAGUCUGCCGAAUGGCUUUGCGGGGUGAAGGUGAAGGGUGUUUGCCGUUGUGAUGGAUGCGCGGACUGUUACUGGUCCUGUGUUAUGGCUGUGUAACGUAAAGGGGAGAAAUAUAGGUAGGCAGACGAUUACUAUUAGACUACCUACCUAACUUGAGAUCAGCAUGUUCAUAGAGGAGUGAAUUCUCAGUGGCGCGUUAUAGAUAGUUGAUCAAAUAUUGUUCACACC